AUGUCUGCAGUAUGCGACUUCGUUGCUCUCCACACUGGGCAGAAGAUGCCUCUCAUAGGACUGGGAACUUGGAAGAGUGAACGUGGCCAAGUGAAAGAAGCCGUGAAAUAUGCCUUAAGUGUGGGUUAUCGCCACAUUGAUUGCGCAGCAGCUUACAGCAAUGAAGCAGAGAUCGGUGAGGCUUUCCGGGAAUGCCUUGGACCCAACAAGGUUAUUAAAAGGGAGGACCUGUUUGUAACAUCAAAGCUUUGGAAUACCAAGCACCACCCAGAAGAUGUAGAGCCAGCGCUAAGGAAAACGCUUGGGGAUUUGAAACUGGAUUACCUGGACCUGUACCUCAUGCACUGGCCUCAUGCCUUUGAACGAGGGGACAAUCUCUUCCCAAAGAACCCUGAUAACACGAUGCGUUAUGAUUACACUGAUUACAAGGAUACCUGGAAGGCUAUGGAGAAGCUGGUAGAAAAAGGUCUUGUGAAAGCCAUUGGGCUGUCAAACUUCAACAGCCGUCAGAUCAAUGAUGUACUAAGUGUGGCUACUGUCAAACCAGCUGCGCUGCAGGUAGAAUGCCAUCCUUACCUCGCUCAGAAUGAACUGCUAGCUCACUGCCAGAAACAAGGACUGGUUGUCACUGCCUACAGUCCCCUGGGUUCUCCAGAUCGCAUGUGGAAACACCCAGAUGAGCCUGUGCUUCUAGAAGAACCUGGGAUCAAAAAACUGGCAGAAAAAUACAGCAAGUCACCUGCCCAGAUCAUCCUCAGAUGGCAAGUGCAGCGUAAAGUGGUUGCCAUUCCCAAGAGUGUCACUCCUGCUCGCAUUCAGCAGAAUCUCCAGGUCUUUGAUUUCAGCCUCACAGAAGAGGAGAUGAGCCACAUUGGAAGCCUGAAUAAAAACUGGCGUUACAUUGUGCCAAUGAUUACGGUGAAUGGAAAGCUAGUAGCAAGAGAUGCUGGACACCCCCAUUACCCCUUCAAUGACCCCUAUUAACUACUAGAAAAUAAGGUGUUAGAAUAACAUGCUCCUCUGCCUGCUCUUCCACAAAGUAAUUGUUGCCAUAAUUUGUGAAAAAACCUGUCCAAACAAAACCUUCCUUCCUGAGUAGGUUUACUUACAAUGUGCUACUUCUAAUGGACCUUCUUUCUGGAGAUACUGUAGGUUCCGUGUCAAAGUUUGUGAAUUUAUUACAAUGACUGCAAGCUUGCCCCUGGAAGCAUCAAAUCUUUUGGGGAUUAGAUAAAGAGUGGGGGAGCCUAAAUCAAGUUCCAAACACAUCAUUACCAGGUUAGGGCAAUACUCUGGGU